AAAGCCAACUAAAAGAAGAAGAAAAAGAAAGAAAUAUCUCUUCCAUAUUCCUUGCCUUCCCUCACUUUCCAGCUGUUUGAGAAUUUGGGUUUUUGGAUCCAAAGCCUUCUUUUCUCUCUCUAAAUCUUGAAGUCCAUCUGUCUGUCUAGGCUUUCAUCCAGAUCAGUCACAAAAAAGAAUUACCUUAAAUUCUUAAAAAAUGACAUUUGGAGAGCUGUAAAUGGACCAAUUUCCUGUUGUUCAUAUCCCAGAGUGAUCUCUUUUCAGGCAUAGAAAUUGAAGCGUUUGAGAGCUAAAAAAGGAGAUAAAUUUGGGUGUUUCAAGUGAUGAAUGGAAGCCAUCUGGAUUUUUCCUAUUAUUUAGUAUGAUAUGAACUUAAACGAAGAAGUGAGGAUUCAUAUAGCGACCUCAACUUGUUUGGGAUUGAGUCAUAGUUGUUAUUGUUGUAUAAAGAUUGAAGCUUUGGUGAGCUAAAAGGAGGAGAUAAUUUUGGGUAUUGGUUCAAAUAAUCAAUAGGGUCAUAUGGUUUUUUCCUCUUAUUUAGUAUAAUCAAGAAGUGGGAUUCAUAUAGCCGACUCAACAGAGGCGUAGUUGUUCUUGUUGUUGUACAAAGAUUGAAGCUUUGGUGAGUUAAAAAAGGAGAUAAUUUUGGGUGUUUCAAAAAGAUCAAAUGGGUUCAUCUGGUUUUUUCCUCUUGUGUAUGCUUCAUUCUAUGGUGGCCUUAACUUCUGGAGCUUUGAUGAUGUUUUAUAGCAAUGAGGUAUUUAUAUUUAGCCAUGGAAGAGAGCGUGCGAGUAAGCUUUUUGGAUCGACACCCCAUGACCAAUUGAUAAUCCAAACAUCAGAUUCAUUCUCUGGUCUGCUUUUAUUUGCCAUUGGUUUUUUCUUGUUCAUGGUGGCAUUUGUUAAAGACAGAGAGUUUCACAAUUUCUUUGCUAAGGGAUGUGUCCUCCUUCAUAUAUCUAUGGCUGUUUGGAGAAUUUACUUUGAGAGGAAGCUUGAGGAGGAUCUCGGACACGAUUGGCUGAGAUUGGUUGUUGCUGACAUUGCUUUAGGACUUUCUUGGGUUUUCUUUCUUGUGUAUUCUUGGAGAGAGAAGUAUGAUUAGUCUUCGUUCGUCCCUUCGAGGGAUGAUACAGAGAAGAUUAGCAUCACCCUUGUUCAAGGAUGACACAAACAAAUCAGAGAAAAGUGUGAUUAGUCUAUGUUGCCUUACUUCCUUUGUUUCAUAUAUGGAUCUUCUUGUUGUUGCUGACAUUGUUUUAGGACUUUCUUGGGUUUUCUUUCUUGUGCAUUCUUGAAGAGAGAAGUAUGAUUAGUCGAUGUUGAAAUUUGAACGAUACAGAGAAGAUCAGCAUGGUCAUUGCUAAAGGAUGGCACGAACAAAUCAAGAAGCAUAUCAUUAGUCUUUGUUUCAUAAAUGGAUCUUGUGGUUGCCAUUUUCAUGCCUUGAAGGGACACACAUUUGAGUCCAUAUUUAGAUGUUUAGAUGAAAAAAACUGUCUUUGUUCAAGUAUCAAUCAACUUCAUCGCAAUUCCGAACUAGUUGGAUUUGGCUAAAGAAUCUGAAAGUUUGGUGUCUGAAAUCUGGUUGUUAUUACUUGAGUUAUAGUUAGCUACUUUGCAAGAAGUUAGGUUUUGAAACACAACCAGAUUGUGCUUCUUUGCUUUAAUCUUGUAUAGUACUUUCUUCCUUUUCUUUUUUUGUGGACAAUUCUUGUAAAGUGCUUCAUUUACUUGUGUAAGUUUCUGUUGAUAGAA